AUGGGUAAUGGCCUCCAGGUGGCACAGGGGCCUCUACGACCAGCAUUCAGAGAGCAAGAUGGCCACGGCGAGCCCGGAGGAGAGGCAUGGAGCCUGGACCUCAGCAGGGCGCACGGCCACGGCGUCUGCACCGGCCCCAGCGGCCAGGGCGAGUACACCGGCUCGUGGAGCCGCGGCUUCGAGGCGCUGGGCGUCUACACCUGGCCCAGCGGCAACACGUACCAGGGCACCUGGGCGCAGGGCAAGCGCCACGGCGUCGGCCUGGAGAGCAAGGGGAAGUGGCUGUACAAGGGCGAGUGGACGCACGGGUUCAAGGGGCGCUACGGGGUGCGGGAGUGCGCGGGCAGCGGGGCCAAGUACGAGGGCACCUGGAGCAACGGCCUGCAGGACGGCUACGGCACCGAGCCCUUUGCCUCCCCAGGGACAUACCAGGGCCAGUGGGCCGGUGGCAUGCGGCAGGGCUAUGGGGUGCGUCAGAGCGUCCCCUAUGGCAUGGCGGCGGUCAUCCGCUCGCCCCUGAGGACGUCCAUCAACUCCCUGCGCAGUGAGCACACCAACGGCGCGGCGCUGCACCCCGACGCCUCCCCCGCCGUGGCCGGCAGCCCCGCCGUGUCGCGGGGCGGCUUCGUGCUGGUGGCGCACAGCGACUCGGAGAUCCUGAAGAGCAAGAAGAAGGGGCUGUUCCGGCGCUCGCUGCUGAGCGGGCUGAAGCUGCGCAAGUCGGAGUCCAAGAGCAGCCUGGCCAGCCAGCGCAGCAAGCAGAGCUCCUUCCGCAGCGAGGCCGGCAUGAGCACCGUCAGCUCCACCGCCAGCGACAUCCACUCCACCAUCAGCCUGGGCGAGGCGGAGGCGGAGCUGGCCGCCAUCGAGGACGACAUCGACGCCACCACCACCGAGACCUACGUGGGCGAGUGGAAGAACGACAAGCGGGCGGGCUUCGGCGUGAGCCAGCGCUCCGACGGGCUCAAGUACGAGGGCGAGUGGGCCAGCAACCGGCGGCACGGCUACGGCUGCAUGACCUUCCCCGACGGCACCAAGGAGGAGGGCAAGUACAAGCAGAACGUGCUGGUGAGCGGCAAGCGCAAGAACCUCAUCCCACUGCGGGCCAGCAAGAUCCGGGAGAAGGUGGACCGGGCCGUGGAGGCCGCCGGCCGGGCCGCCACCAUUGCCAGGCAGAAGGCCGAGAUCGCCGCUUCCAGGACCUCCCACUCGCGGGCCAAGGCGGAGGCGGCUCUUGCAGCGGCCCGGAAGGCGCAGGAGGAAGCCCGGAUCGCCAGGGUCACUGCCAAGGAGUUCUCGCCGUCCUUCCAGCACAGAGAGAACGGGCUGGAGUACCAGAGGCGGAAGCACCAGGUCUCCUGCGAGGACCUCGAGGGACUGUCCGCGGGGACACCCCUGCCGCAGGAGAGCCCCGAGCUGUACCGCAAGGGCACCACCCCCUCCGACCUCACCCCCGACGACAGCCCCCUGCACAGCCCCCCCGCCAGCCCCGCCGCCAGCCCUCCGCCCGCGCCCGCCGCCAGGAACAAGGCUCACUUCUCCCGGCAGGUCUCGGUGGACGAGGAGCGGGGCGGCGACAUCCAGAUGCUGCUGGAGGGCCGGGCCGGGGAGCCCCGGCGGCCCGAGCCGCCCCCCACGCUCUCGUGGACUUCCCCCUGCCCGGGGGGCGCCAAGCGGCCCGAGCCCGAGGAGGAGCAGCUGAGCAACUACAAGCUGGAGAUGAAGCCCCUGCUGCGGAUGGACGCCUGUCCGCAGGAGGCGCACCCCCAGAGGCGGCGCCACAGCCGGGGGGCUGGGGGCGACCGGCGGCCGGAGGACCGGGCCUUCGGGCUGCAGAGACUGAGGCCCAAGCCCCAGAAUAAGGAGAACUUGCGGCCGGCCUCCACGGAGCCCACGGUGCAGAAGCUGGAGAGCCUGCGGCUGGGGGAGCGGCCCGAGCCCCGGCUCCUGCGCUGGGACCUGACCUUCUCCCCGCCCCAGAAAUCCCUGCCUGUCGCGCUCGAGUCUGACGAGGAGAACGGGGACGAGCUCAAGUCCAGCACGGGCUCAGCUCCCAUUCUUGUCGUCAUGGUGAUCCUGCUCAACAUCGGAGUCGCCAUUUUGUUUAUUAACUUUUUCAUCUGA